AUGGUGUGGUUCCCGUAUGCCACCCUCAGCCACCGCUGGGGCCCGUCCACGGCCGCCUGCCGAACAACCACGACCAACGGGCUGGACCGAAAAAACAAGGGGAUCAAGGUAUCCGAACUCUGCCAGACCUUUCAGGACGCCAUCAUGGUCGCGCUCGAGAUGGGCAUGCCGUACCUGUGGAUCGACAGCCUGUGCAUCAUCCAAGACGACGACAAGGACUGGCGCGUGCAGUCAGCCUUCAUGGACGACAUCUACAUGAACUCGCUUCUCACCAUCAUGGCACAUUCCUACGCAGGCGAAGACGGGGGCUCCGGCUUUCUCGCCUCCGCCUUCGCCUCCGAAGGCGCCGACCCGGUAUCAAUCUACAACUCCCCGCUCUCCCGCCGCAGCUGGAUCCUACAAGAACGCCUCCUCUCCCCCCGCAUCCUCCACUUCUUCCCCUCCCAGCUCUACUACGAAUCCCGCUACUUCGGCAUCGUCCGCGCAGAGGACCACACCCCGGCCUUCCGCGACCCGGACCAGCUCCGUGAGGCCAUCCUGCGGCCCGAAAAUCAAAAGCCCGGCGCGACGCCGCUGGACUGGUUCCGCGUCGUGGAGCGAUACUCGGCUUGUGAGCUGACCCAGCCGUGGGAUAAAUUGGUUGCCAUCUCGGGGAUUGCGAAGCAUGUCCAGCAGGGGAGUGGGGGCGUCAGGUAUCUUGCGGGAUUGUGGUCGGAUCGGGCGGCCAAGGGGUUGUUGUGGCUGCGGAGGGGGCCAGUUCUGAAACGGGAUCCGGCUUGGGCUGGGAGGGCGCCGUCGUGGUCGUGGGCUUCUGUGGAUGGGCCCGUGAGGUAU